CUAAGUCAGCUGACCUGCGCAGAUGACUAUUGGCAGGCUCAGACGUAGGAAGAAGUUUGGGGAAACUAAAGUUUUGACUCUAUAAAUUACAUAAAGUUGAUUUUUCCCGCACUGUAUUGAGAAUAACUGAAAAUGGCUUCUUUUAUCAUCUGUGGUCCGAAAAUGGCUGCAUGUAUGCUGGUGUUGAGUAUGUGGGGAGUCAUAAUGCUGGCAAUGCUGGGGAUUUUCUUCAGCAUUCAUUCGGCUGUGCUGAUUGAGGAUGUGCCUUUAAAGGAGGAAGACCAUUUUGACACUCAAAACCCGCUGCAGAGCGCUUAUGCUGUCUAUAACCAAGUUGGCUACAACUGCUUCAUUGCUGCAGGAAUCUAUGUGGUGAUUGGAUUUGUGUCUUUCGUUCAGGUCCGACUCAACAAGCGCAACGAUUAUCUUGUGCGUUAGCACCAUCUGGUGGAGAAAUCCACCUCCUUGAAAGUGAUCUUACUGUAUUUCUUAUCUGUAUUUUAUUGCUCUGCCGGUGUUUUGAUAUUAUCUUAGGAAAUUGCUGUUGGUAUUUUAGCUGUAGUCGGAGUCAGUAUGUUGUGUUUUCACUGUGUCUUUUCUCUAUGUAAAGCUUUCUCAGGUUUAACAAAAAAGCCGGAUUGAUAUUUAUGGAAGGAUAACUGUUGUGUUUAGUUCUUAUAUUAUUACUCCUUAAGGCCUUCUACACACCAUGUAUAUUGUGGUCCAAAUGCUUUUACAUUUUAAGAAUUAAAAAAAGAAGUGCCACUGUUUGUUUGUCAGACAACUAGAUUAAAGUUUGCAUACAGCCGUAUCACACUGGAAUAAUAUUUAUAUACACACGAGUACAAAGUAGAAAUGAUCAUUGUCCAUGUAAUUAUUCAUGAUCCAUUAUUUUAUUUGUAACACUUUGUAAUUACAGAAAUAAAACUGUAGUUCCUAAUA